AACCACUACAAACACACUAGAUGAGGUUUGAAACUGUCAAUGACGAAAGAAGGAAAACCAAACACAACCAAGAGAUACAGAGGCAGACACAAAGCCGACUAACAAAUACAAAGAAAUGCUAAGAAACAACACAGGUGAAAAGCACUUAUGAUCCAAGAAGAAGAAGAUACAAGUUAAGAAGUACAAGAGAAGAGAAACAGAGAUGAUCAUCUGUAACCUUGCCGUUUCUCUCCUACUGCUAUCGCUUAGUGUCAGCGGCACCACAAACCGGUCGGAGCUGCAAUGUGUCCAAAUGAUCAGAGUGCCACGAAACACAGUGUUUAGAGCUUGUGUUAUGACAGAGUUGAAAAUAAACUGUACUAUUACUCAACAUGGAUGUCACAGGAGCCCACAAGUCUCAUGGUGCAAAAUCUAUGGAAAUCACUGUAAAGCUUUAAAUCACUCAUAUUAUAUAGAAACUGAGUGGAAGAAUAUGACAGAGCAUGAAGGGAUGGCUUUCCUGACUUUCCUGAACCUCUCAAUGGAGGACGCAGGUUUAUACAGAUGUAAAGAAGGUGACAACUCUGUUAGCCAUGCUAUUAAUGUCACUGUAACAGUAAAUAAGGAGGAUGAGGUUCCACGCAAUCAAAGCAACACAAGUGAUAUGAAUACAACUCCGGAUGAUGAUCUGCAGUGGCUCUGGCCAUAUGUGUACAUCUGCACUGGAAUAGCCGGGCUGGUAUUCAUAGUUAUGGCUGUUACAUUACUUUUCAUCAGAUGCCAAGGGACAAAUUCAAGAAGAAAAGAUUUGGCAUAUAAAAAUCAGUACAUGGAAACACAAAGAAGUGACCUGCCUCCUCCUCCUCCUCCUCAUCCCCAUCACAACACCUGUCCCCCUUCAGACCAGCCGACCUCUGCUUUAUAUCGUGUCUGUGAAACUCCACCUGUCAGAGGAGCAUCACCAGCUGGAAGAGCUGUUGGCAUAGAAAGAGGAGAAGAAGAGAAUGCUCUUGUGUAUGCCUCUUUAAAACACCAGGGUAUGUCCAGAGGACCGAAAAGAACAGCCCGACAAGAACCAGAACCUUCAGAAUAUGCUGCAAUCCGGUUCCGGUGAUUAAAUGAAUCCUUUACUGAGACACUUUAAAAAAGAAUACUGAGAAAUGACCAAUGAAAAAUGAUCACUCAUUUGCUAUUUUGUAUUAAGAAAUAAUUUUAAAAUACU